AUGAGCCGCCCGUCCUCCGCUGGACCCUGUGCUAAACAAACCGGGCGGGAAACAGAAGCCGCCGCCGCCUCCCCCACCGCCGCACACCCCGUCCCCUGCGAUCCCCAGCACGAUCCCCGCCGCCUCCGGCCCCGCCGCGCCCCCUCCAUCGGCAGCGGCGGCGGCGAUCUCCGGGCCGGUGUCCCAGCAGCAGCACAGCGAGCUGACGUCUCUGUUCGAGUGUCCCGUCUGCUUCGACUAUGUGCUGCCCCCCAUCCUGCAGUGCCAGGCCGGACACCUGGUCUGCAACCAAUGCCGCCAGAAGCUGAGCUGCUGCCCCUCGUGCCGGGCUUCCCUCACCCCCAGCAUCCGGAACCUGGCCAUGGAGAAGGUGGCCUCCGCUGUCCUCUUCCCGUGUAAGUAUGCCUCUACUGGUUGCUCUUUGUCUCUCCAUCACACUGAAAAACCUGAACAUGAGGACAUCUGUGAAUAUCGUCCCUACUCCUGUCCCUGCCCUGGAGCCUCCUGCAAAUGGCAGGGUUCACUGGAAGCAGUUAUGCCGCACCUAACACAUGCCCACAAAAGCAUCACUACUCUCCAGGGCGAAGACAUAGUCUUCCUUGCAACAGACAUUAAUUUACCUGGGGCUGUUGACUGGGUGAUGAUGCAGUUUUGCUUCAGCCACCAUUUCAUGUUAGUUCUGGAGAAACAGGAGAAAUACGAAGGGCACCAACAGUUUUUUGCCAUUGUCCUCUUGAUAGGCACACGGAAACAAGCUGAAAACUUUGCCUACAGACUUGAACUCAAUGGAAACCGAAGGCGUUUGACCUGGGAAGCCACACCAAGGUCCAUUCACGAUGGGGUGGCAGCAGCCAUCAUGAACAGUGAUUGCUUGGUUUUUGAUACUGCAAUUGCACAUCUGUUUGCUGAUAAUGGGAACUUGGGCAUCAAUGUAACCAUAUCUACUUGUUGUCCGUGA